CGCCCCCUCGGUUGACUUGGUAACCGUCUCAGCGUCGUUGUUGGUUGAAGUUGGAGGAGAGCUCAAUCACUGCAGGGAUGAAAGCCUUCCUCCAUGGAUUACUCCUUUUGCACUCAGAAUGAUGAGAGACAUCACGGUGCCUGAGGAUGCCUGUAGGUGAGAGUGAAGACCGGGCAAAGACCCGAGAAAGAUUCAACGAAGUCUUCAAGAAAUACUCUGGAUCAGAGAAGAAAACGUUGAAAAAGAAAAACACUGAAACUCAGGAGACUAUUGUGCUUCAGAAUCUAAAAAAGAACCUCAACCUUGAGAAGGACACAGAAGAUAAUGAGACCAUCCUCCAGAACACAUAUGACCCCGAACAGGGCAGCCCUCGCUACACCAAGAAUAAACGAAGAGAGCGAGAAACAGUGGAAAAGGUUAAUAUCAACAACAGUAGGAACCAAGAGGAGACUCAAACAACAAAAGGCAAGAGGAAAAGCAAGAGGGAGCUUCCUUCCCUCCCUGUACCUGAGGAUACCACAAGCUACAUCCAGAAGGAUGCUGAUGCUUCCAAAUCUGAGAUUGCUUUGGAGCCAGACGAUGUAGGUGGUGCAAAGGAGUCAAAGCGAAAAAGUAAGAAGGGGAAAGGCAAAGGAGAUACAGAGGACAAGGCAGAGAGUCGGGUGGAGGAUGCAGAGGACAAACUGCUGCAUCAAUACCAGCAGCAGAUUGCACAGGAGGAGGAGAGGACUUUAAAGAAGACAAGCGCCAAGACUGGGGAAGAGAGUGUUGUCUCCCAAAACGUUUUGCUGAAUAAUGAUGUUGGAAAGAAGAAAAAGAAAAAGUUGAAAUCUGUAAUCACACAGUCGGAAGAAAGGGAUGAAGAUGAAAAUACCGACCAGGAUGCUGAUGUGGACAACGAAACAGAAUCCAAGGGAAAGAAGAAAAAGAAGAAGAAAAAACAUGUUGUCAAUGAAGAGAGUGAAACUGAGGCAGAAGUACCAUCGAAACGAACAUUUGAUGACAGCCUUGUUCUGGGAGUGUACGUCCACAGAACGGAUCGCCUCAAGUCGGACCUGCUGAUCUCACACCCCAUGGUGAAGAUACAUGUUGUCGAUGAAAACACUGGACAGUACGUGAAGAAAGAAGACUGCCAUCGGCCAGUCUCCUCGUUUUAUGAGCAAGAGAACGUCGACCACAUCCUCCCCAUCAUGACUCAACCUUUUGACUUCAAGAAGAACAAAUCGAUCAUCCCUGAGUGGCAGGAACAGAUCAUCUUCAACGAACGCUUUGGUUACUUUGUUCAACAAAACAGUGAAAGCCCCAGAGUUGUACUCUUCUUUGAAAUCCUGGACUUCAUAACCAUGGAAGAAGCGAGAGCCAACGUUGACGUUGACAAGCGCGAGCGAGGAUUCAGAAAGAUUGCAUGGGCAUUCCUCAAGCUCGUAGGCACGAAUGGUGUCCUGAAUAUCGACAGUAAACUUCGCCUCCAGCUCUUCUGCCCUCCAGCUCGGGCAAAGAGACAACCUAAAACAAUUGAGGUGGUCGAGUGGUGGAAGCUCCUCCGAAACAAAUAUGGAUCCACCCUUUAUGUUACGGUGAAAGGCAUUAAACUCCCUGAACAUGUGGACCCCGGUAUUCGGUCCAUGAUGGCGCUGCAGGAGGAGAGGGGCAGCACCUCCUACAGUGAGCUGCAGAAUGAGGUCACCAAGAGGAGCCUGACUCAGCCUCUAGACAACAAACCACCAGCCUUGAGAUGGAACAGGCUGCCUGGACAGGUCUGUCGGAUUCCUAACAAGUCCUUGCACUCAUUCCAUGGUGGUCAUAUGGGCUGCUUCACAGUGCUCUUCUCUCAUACCGGGACGAUGCUGGCUGCUGCUUGUGCUGACAGAGAUGCUUUCCCUGUGAUAGUGUAUGAGAUUCCCUCUGGCCAGGUUCUGGCUGCCUUCAGUGGCCAUCUCAAAAUAGUCUAUGAUCUCUGCUGGUCCAGAGACGAUCGCAGCCUUUUGUCGGCCUCCUCUGAUGGAACUGUCAAGGAGUGGAACGUGGAGAGGCUCCAGGGAACGGCCAAGAAGGUGCUCCCUCAUCCAUGCUUCGUAUACUGUGCUCAGUACCACCCCACAGCCCAGAACAUGGUGGUGACGGGGGGCUACGACGCUCUGCUACGAGUGUGGAGGCUCGACGUCGAUGACGUGAACGGCCAGCUGCUGCAGGAGUUUGAGGGUCACGACGGUUUCAUCAACUCCGUUUGUUUUGACUUUGAAGGAAGGAGAAUGUUCUCUGCAGACAACAGAGGCCUCAUCCUCGUGUGGAAAACUACAGUAAACGACAGCAAGCGGCGUCAGCUAUGUCAUCGCUGGUGCAUAGAGAAGAAAAUAGACGAGAGCGACCUCAGCGGCGUCCCCAUCAACAUGCUGCAGCUGCAUCCAAACGGGCGGUGCCUGCUCAUCCACGCCAAGGACAGCGUCCUGAGGAUGAUGGACUUGAGAAUCCUGGCUUUAAAGAAGUACACCGGAGCCACAAACUACAGAGAGAGGAUCUAUAGCACUUUCACGCCCUGUGGGACCUUCAUCUUCUCUGGCAGCGAGGAUGGGAUGGCUUAUGUCUGGAAUACAGACACAGGUGACCAAGUUGCUGUCUACUCUGAGCUUUGUUACCGCUCUGCUCUCCACGGCGUGGCCUUCCACCCUCACGAGAACAUGAUCGCUUUCAGUGCCUUCGGUCAGAGCCAGCCUGUCCGCGUGUACCGCUACGAUGGCAAAGUUUCCCAGCUGGAGGUGCACAAUAUAAAAGCUACGAGCAGAUCAGCGUCUGCAGACACCAGAACCUUCAGAAACACACCGGACCCGCAAGCGUUACAGGACACAUCUGUUGCUUCAACCAUGGAUCAGUUCGCCCAAGCAACAAGACUUGCAUUGAAAAUGCAGUCUGUUAAGGAGCAACUGGAUUCAGUACUUGAACCACAUCCGAGGUCUUCAACUUCUGGAUACAUGUAUGAGCAAGACAAAAUGAGCAUUACUCACACAGGGAGGAGCUUCACAAUAGAUUCUGGCACGACGGGAUUAAAUGCUUCGUUGCCACCUCCAUCUCGCCUGUCGCCGCACUCCCAGCUGCAGUUCUCUGGCUCUCUGGCGGAGCAGCUUAUCCCCCAGGCAGCUCUGAGCACCCAACACCGCGGGUUCAGUCCAGUCGGCCAGCGUCUAAAAGGAGCUUCAUCUUUCCGGCUACAGACGAGCCUUCCUGACCACAUCUCUUCAGGCAUCCACGUCGAAACAGAAUCUGACCCUGUUCAACAAGUAGUUGUCUCGCUCCACGACUACAGAGCUAAUCGGUCUGAUGAGCUGACCACACGCCGUGGUGAUGUCAUCCAAGUGCUGUACAAAGACAAUGACAACUGGUGGUUUGGGCGUCUGGCCAAUGGGCAGCAGGGAUAUUUUCUCGCUGCUUAUGUAGCAGAUCAGAGAGAUUUCAGUGAUGAGGCGACUCACGCAGCCAUGUCUGAGGGGACGGUUGAGAGGUCAACACCAACCAGGGUAUCUGCUGCAAUUAGUUCUUCUGGGGAACUUCGGUUUCUUUCUGAGCCGACUCUUUCUGACACUGAACCUGAGUUGAUGGAUGCCAGAACUAGAAGGAAAAAGAAGGUGAAGAAGCUAGGAGUCCUUGCACCUUCAUCUCAGGCCACAUUUUCAGAUGCAGAUGCUCCGGCUUUGACGAGCAGCAGGAGGAGAGGCAGAUCAGCAGACAGACCUCUCCCUAAGAGGCCGACGGGUCGGACUAAUGGUGCCUUCGAGCCUGAUACAUAAACUCACGGACACAUCGUUGUUUUCAACUCGAGGGCUUUCACCUUUAUUCUUUUUUUAAAAUAUAAAAUACGUUUUAUGCAGUCACAAUAACUUUGCAGGUGUGUUGUAUUUUUACCGUUUUAUAUUUGAACAGUCAGUAUGUUCUGUAUUCUAAUGAAUACAGAUCGAUCAAUGAAUUGUAAAUAUUUGUUCUUGAAAAAAAUGUCUUCGUAUCAAGAAUUGUGCAAUUCUAGGAAUUCUUGUAAGUUUUACAUAUUUAUUGACGCAAGCUUGAAAUUGACUAUUAUGUACAUUUUUACUGAUGUAGAAACCAAAUGAUUGUAAUAUUGUAGUUUUAUUUUCUUAGCCUGUAAGAGAUUAAUCAUGUUUGUAUACGCCACUUCUUCACAGCUACAGUAUAUAAAAAUCCAGAUAAUUAAUUUCUCUUUCUAUAAAUCAUAUGUAAAGUCACAUUUUUGAUAUCUAAAAUGUUUAAAUAAAUAUGCUUAAGGGCUUUUUUGAUUA